UUGAUAUCAUCUGAAGAUGGAGAAAACUCCCACCGCAAGAUUUGUAUUUGUUCUGCUAUUCUUAACUUGUUCGAUUGCUGCUGCGGGAGCAGAAUAUUUCAAGUACAAAGAUCCGAAGCAGCCAUUGAAUGUUAGAAUAGAAGACCUUUUAAGCAGAAUGACACUUGUUGAGAAGAUUGGUCAAAUGGCUCAGAUCGAGCGAAAAAAUGUCUCAUUUGAAGUUAUCAAAAACUACUUUAUAGGUGGUGUAGUGAGUGAAGGGGGCAGUUCUCCUGCUCCUAAUGCAUCUGCAAGAGUUUGGGUGGAUAUGGUGAAUGAGAUACAGAAGGCAGCUCUCUCUACCAGACUUGGUAUUCCAGUAAUAUAUGGUAUUGAUGCAGUUCAUGGCCACGGCACAGUCUAUAAAGCUACAAUAUUUCCACAUAAUAUUGGCCUUGGAGCUACCAGGGAUCCAGCCCUAGUGAAAAAAAUUGGUGCUGCAACGGCUCUUGAAGUUAGAGCAACCGGCAUUACCUAUGCUUUUUCUCCAAGCAUUGCGGUAUUCAUUACAAAAGAAAAAAUCUGA